ACUGUGAAGAAUGUUAUUAAGUAUAUAACGCAAUGAAAUAAACUUAAAGGAAAAUAGCCACACCAUGCGAUAAUACGUGCGAAUAAAUUUGGCAAACCGGAAUACUAUUAGCGGUCCUGCUCAAUUGGUAAUACAAAAUGGCCUCAACUUAUUCUGAUCUCGUCCAUGGGGAAUGGUGCGAAUAUAAUGAAAGAGGAGAAUUUAGAAGGCAAAGAGGAUAUGCGCCUAAUAGAAAGCUAUAUUAUUGUCCUGGUGCUAGUAUAUCUUCGACAGUUGAUGACCUGGUGGACGACGUUGACGAUAUCAUCAAGUCUGUGGAAAACAACAGAGGGCCCGUAGACGAGUUUGUUAUCGGUAAGUCAUUUGCUAGAAAGAAAAAAAAUAAAGAUUUUGACCCUGAAAACUUCAAAACAUGGAAACUAGAUGGUGGCGUAAAUGGACGAUGGAAUAAUAAAUACAGACCUGAAGGUUUCGAUGGGCUUAUAGUCCUUUGUGCCUUUACAAAAGGAUCGCUUCCCAGAGAUUGUGGAUCGGGUCUACUGCACAAUCAUCAAGAUUACUCGCAUGCAAUCGAACAAGCGUUAAUUACCUACUAUGCUUUUAAGGAAAAAGAUCGAAAAUUGGGCAACCGUUCUCUGUGUACCGGACGUGCUGAGAGGAACAAUGCAAAAGCUUACGUCAUUUAUGUGGCCUUUAAACUUGAACGGGGAUAUUUUUAAAUAAGGCAACCAUAUACACGUACAAUACAAUACUUUUUCAAAACGAUAUGUAUCAUAUUUACCUAUGAUUUUUCGAAAAAGUUGUACCUAAAAAUGCUUUAGAAAAAAUGCUGGAAUUUACAAUUAUGAUUUUUCAACAGAAGUAUAUGCAAAACUGUGAAAAUCUCAAGAGCUAACUGUGAUGUUUUCGCAGAAAAAAGAUACCUUUUUUCGUUGGCUAUUCUUUUAUGAAACUUUGAUUGCAUGCAGCAAGAAAAUUGAAGGUACAGUAAGAAUAUUCUGUACAAAUGGGUGUAUUUCAAAUACAAUAUGUUUUUCUAGUUUCCGAAUCGGCUAAGGCUCUUACAUAUUCAGUGAAUAUUAACCGAAUUUCGGGGUAAAAAAUGUAGAAUAAAAGCAUUGUAAAUAGAAACACAUGUAAAAUAAAAGCUAAUUUGGU